AUGCGGAGGGGUGAGGGGGUAGGUGGUUUGACGGAGGGACAAGUCUCUCGUACUCGAGCGCGCACAAAAGAGAUCGCUCCCGAGACCUCGGCCCCACCGAUGCAAGAGGACGCAGUGGUGGCGGCGGUGGUAUCGUUUAAGAGCGAUUUGUCGCACACCCACCCACUCGCCCACCCGCAUCCACCGGAACAACAAUGGUCCCAGGGAUCAGGGCUUCCAGAGGUCCACACGCCGAGCAAGGGACGCGUUGUCGCGAGCGCGGCCGACCGUUUGAUAAAUGAUAAAGCGACGUUUUACCCUGUCCGUUUUCGAAACAUUGACAAAUUAUGUAAACGUCUUAUUCGCAUUAGCCAUCCAUCGGUUUUGCCCGCUCGCCGAAGCCGCGGCGGGGUGGCCGUGGCGUGUCGGGGCUAG